AUGGUGAAACUGUUUUUAUAUGCAAAGAGAAAUUACAGUUUGUUUUUAAAACGACAUUUGAAUAAAUGCAUAGGAACAAAGAGAAGGGUACAUACCCCAAGUUCAAUUACAUAUAAUGAGCAAAAUGGCAACAAUGACAUAAACCCUAAAAAAAGACCAUGGUUAAUUAUAAAAGAUAACUGUGUUAAAAAUAUAUUAAAUGGUUUUCCUUGGAUAUACUCAAAGGAUGUAAAAAAUGACAACGAUUUGUUAUUAUAUAGUCCCUGCAUCGUUAAUAUAAAAAAUGAAUUUAAUGAAAAUAUAGGAGUAGGAAUAUACAAUAAAAAUUCAACGAUUGUGUCUAGAAUAUUAACUAUGAAUGUUAGCGAACAUAUAAAUGAAGAAUUUUUUAAUAAUAAAAUAAAAAAAGCAUAUGAAAAAAGAUUGGAAUUGUUUCCAAACGAUAAUUUUUUUAGGGUUGUUAAUGCAGAAAGUGAUUUUUUGCCAGGUAUUAUAAUAGAUAAAUAUAAUAAAUUAGUAUCUGUUCAGGUAAAUGCAAGUGGAAUGGAUGUAAUGUUACACAUUAUAUUAAAGAGCAUUGAAAAUGUUUUAAAUCCCGACACAAUUAUAUUAAAAAAUGAUAGUCAAAUACGUAAACUUGAAAAAUUGUCAUUAACUAAAUUAGUAUAUAAAGGCUUGUAUAAACCACCAAUUGAAAUUAGAGAAAACGGAUUAACAUUUUUUACUGAUAUAUUAAAAGGACAAAAAACAGGAUGGUAUUUUGAUCAAAGAGAUAAUCGUUCAAUGCUUAUUUCAUAUUGUAAAGAUAAAAAUGUUUUAGAUUUAUUCUCAUAUGUUGGAGGAUUUGGAAUUACUUUAGCUUAUUAUGGUGCUAAUGAAGUAACAUGUGUUGAUUCUUCUUAUUUGGCCAUAGAAAAUGGAGUGAAAUCUGCUCAGUAUAAUAAUGUUUUAAACAAAAUUAACUUUGUACAUGCAUGUGUUAAAAAAUUCCUUAACGUAUCUUUACACAUAAAAUUAGAGGCACCAUAUAAUAGAAAUGAUAAUAUACCAUUACUUGAAAAAAGCGAUGAACAAACUGAUGAAUGGUUGGACAUUGAAUUGAAAGAACAAAAUGAUAACAAUAUGAUAGCAAUGGAAAAAAAGGAACAUGAUAAAAAAAACACAUUUUUUUCGGAUAUACAAAAUAUAUAUAUAUAUGAAAAAAGUAAAGAUAAUCGCAUUGAUCUCGAUGAUAUAGAAAAAUUAUUAAUUAAGAAUAAUAAUUAUGAUUUUUUUAAAAAAAAAUAUGAUGUUAUAUUAAUAGACCCUCCACCAUUAGCACGUAAUAACUAUUUAUUACCAGCGGCUUUAAAAAUUUAUCAAAAGCUUUUGUAUGCAUCAUUUAAAAUAAUACAAAAGCCUGGUUAUGUAUUUGUAUCAAGUUGUAACAAAUUAAUAGGUUACAAUGAGUUAGUUUUAUGUAUAAGAAGAGCAUUAAAUUGGGCAAAAUGUGAAGGGGUAAUAAUAGGGGAAGGAAAAAUAAGUUCGGAUCACCCUGUUCAUGUUUCGUUACCUGAGACAAAGUAUUUAAGCUCUAUCCUUUUAAUGAUUACUUAA